UUUUUCUUUUCAUGCAGGUUUCAGUAACUCGAAAUCCAUUGUAUUUUUCACUUUUUUUAAAAAAUUCUCUUUGUGAAUACUAUAUUGUAAUAUGGCUGCUUAAGCCCCUUGAAAGGACUAGAGUCUGAAGUUUGGGAGAUAAUUUUAUGCAUAAAUAUUCAAAUUGCUUUUGCCACUAUGCAGGACAACUGCAUUCAUUUACCAAACACUAUCUGCAAUGAUAUGUUAGUUAAUAAAUUUAAACGAUUAUUGAUUUGUGGUGGAAAACUCCAUAAAUUGGUUAAAUUCAAUAACCCUUUAAUAGUAAUAACGCAACCUGACUGAAAAUUCACCACAGUCUUAAGUGAGAAUAUAAAGAAAGAUAACAGUCCAAGGCUAUUAAGAGCUAUUGGUGACCCAGAUUGCUCUUGAUCACAUUGUUUUAUUUAUGUGUGCCAAGAUAAACCUUCAAGGAGUGUUUUGUCAAGUAUUACGAAGUGAAAUGAUGUAUUACUUGAUAAGAAAAAAAAUUGGUUUCUUAUUGUAAGGAGUAUUCAGAGAUGUGUAUUUGAUUUAAGUUGGCUUUUCUAUAGUACUAUACAUGUAGUUCCACUUAUAUCCAUUGUUUUGGCCCUGCUCUUUAAGAAAUAAAAGUUUAAAAAUAUUCCUAAAUUGUUUUACUUGGAAAUAAUUCAGAUUCAUUAGGACUCAGUCCCAAUGUAUGCAAGCUUCUAAUGAAAGCCUUGCUUAUUCAUACUUCCUUUAUUUUAAAUAUGUUCCUCCCUCUUUUUGGUAAGACUUAUGUAAUUACAGAUGAAGGAAAAGGAACUACAAUAUUUUAAAGAACUCUGGAUUGUGAAAAUGGAGGAAAUUACCCUGUCAAAAAGAAAGUACUGAAUGAAUGAAUGUGAUAUUUUAAAUUGUGUGUGUGGUGUGUUUUUAAAAGCAUUGCAUAUUAUGUUAACUUUCAGGUUUUUAUUUUAUUAUGGCCUGGGAGUUGAUCAGAAUUGCACAAAACUAUCUCCCAAACUUCAGACUCGUCCUCUGCUCUUUUCCUGUUUUAUCUUCGUCAUGAAUGUUAUUGGCUCAUUUCUGUCAAAACUGAAGAAUGAUGCAGAUGUGACUGAACUGAAGUAUGACCUAUCUUGUGAACUCUACAGGAUGUCCACAUUUUCUACUUUUCCACUGAACGUACCAAUAUCUGAAAGGAGUCUUGCCCGUGCUGGUUUCUAUUACACUGGUCUAAAAGACAAAGUGAAAUGUUACAGUUGUGGCUUAAUGUUGGAUAACUGGAAGAAAGGCGACAGUGCUCUGGAGAAGCAUAAACAACUCUAUCCUAGUUGCAGUUUUGUUCAGAGUCUGACUUCAGUGACUGAACUUGGCUCAUCAUUUCGUUCUGCCUUUUCACCUCCAACUAACUCUGGACUUACCUCUACGCAUUCCCCAAUGCAAACAUUAAGUUUGGGUCAAGUUGGCUAUUACAAUGGAAGCUUUUCCAGUUUUCCUCAAGAUCCAGUUACAUCUGCAGGAAUGGAAGAUCUGUCGCAUUUGAGAUCAAAGUCUAGCAACCAUGCAAUGAGCACAGAAGAAAGCAGAUUACUUACUUUCAAGACAUGGCCCCUGACAUUUUUGUCCCCAUCUUCUUUAGCAAAAGCUGGGUUUUAUUACGUGGGACCUGCAGACAAGGUGGCUUGUUUUGCCUGUGGUGGUCAAUUGAGUAAUUGGGAACCAAAGGAUAAUGCUAUGUCAGAACAUCGAAGGCACUUUCCAAACUGUCCUUUUGUGGAACAAAUUCAAAACAAUUCAAGUUUUGCUGUCUUUAAUUUGGGCAUGCAAAUGUACGUAGCGCGUGUCCAAUCUUUCAGAAAUUGGCCAGUUACAGUUCCGGUUCAGCCACAGCAACUGGCGGAAGCUGGCUUCUAUUAUGUGGGUCGCAAUGAUGAUGUCAAAUGUUUCUGCUGUGAUGGUGGACUCCGGUGUUGGGAGUCUGGGGAUGAUCCAUGGGUGGAGCAUGCUAAAUGGUUUCCAAGUUGUGAAUACCUGAUUUAUAGGAAAGGCCAAGAGUUUGUCCGUCAGGUUCAAGCAAGAUAUCCCCAUCUUCUUCAACAGUUGUUAUCCACUGCAGAUACACCUGUAGAUGAAACUACUGAAGCACCAAUCAUUCGUUUUGAACCUGGUGAGAAUGCGUCAGAAGAUGCAAUCAUAAUGAAAACACCCAUGGUUGAAGCUGUUUUGGAGAUGGGAUUCAGCAGAAGACUGGUCAAGCAAACUGUUCAGAGUAAAAUCUUAACGUCGGGGGAGAAUUAUAAAACAGUAAAUGAUCUUGUGUCUGACCUUAUUACUGCAGAAGAUGAGAAGAAGGAAGAGGAGAAGGAGGAUCCAUCAGAGAAAAUAACAUCAGAUCUGGCCUUAAUCAGAAAGAAUCGAAUGGCAUUAUUUCAGCGCUUGACAUGCACGCUCCCUAUCUUGGAAAGUUUAUUAAGUUCCAAAGUAAUAAGUGACUUUGAACACCAAGUUAUUAAACAAAAAACCCAGACAUCCUUGCAAGCUAGAGAACUGAUUGAUACCAUUUUGGUGAAAGGAAAUGCUGCAGCAGACAUAUUCAAAAACUGUUUACAAGAAUGUGAUCCUGCAUUAUACAAGGAUUUGUUCGUGGAGAAGAAUAUGACAUACAUUCCAACGGAAGAUGUUUCAGGCUUACCUAUGGAAGAACAGCUGAGACGAUUGCAGGAGGAGAGAACGUGCAAAGUCUGCAUGGACAAGGAAGUAUCCAUUGUCUUCAUUCCAUGUGGCCAUUUAGUUGUUUGCAAAGAAUGUGCCCCUUCCCUUAGGAAAUGCCCUAUUUGCAGAGGAACCAUCAAGGGUACAGUGAGGACAUUUCUUUCGUGAAGGAGAGAAACCUGCUAUUUUUUUCAAGCAAAUGUUUUUGUACUUUCUGAAUGACACUAAGAGCUAAUUCAUAAUACCUUGAUCCCUAAAGUAUUUGCAAAAUACAAUCUAAUCCGUGCAGCUCAGUUCUGAUGAAGGUCACAAAUCUGAUGCUUUUGAGGUCAAUUAUUAUCUCUCAAGCGACUAUUUAGAUUUGUAAAUCUGGGUAGGCUGGCCCUUAGUUCCAUGGUGGUUUGAAAAGACGUGAGGUGGGUGAUGAUCUGUCUAUCAGUGUUUCCUACUGUUGUUGAUAAGUAAAAGAAAUUGUUGAUGAUUUAUGACUUGGAGUGUGUUCUGGAGAGUUUGACCUCUGAUAUAACUUGCUGACUAGUUGAAAAUAUCUUUUAUUAUUUACAAUAAAUAAAAUUUUGAUGUGGUUGAAACAUC